AGUUCCAUACAAGCGCUUGAGUAACUCGGUCGAAUACAUUUGUAUUUUUAUGAAGAAAUUGGCAAAAACGCGUAAAUUCAUAACAUCGUUUCAAUAACGUUAAAUAAUAGUGUCAUUUGUGAUUUUCAUCAAUGUAUGUUGUGGCAAUAGAAGGAAAAAUAUCAGAUUGUGACGGAAUCACUGAUGUUAAAAUCAAUAAUUAUACAUUCGCAAUGAUUGGUAUUGCAUAUGAUUCAUAGAUGGUGGUGUGCUUGCGAAUUCUUUUGCGUUAUGUAGAAAAAUUAUUCGGUGAUGACGAUAAAAAAGUAAUCCUUCAUUUGCGCAUUACAGCGAACAGUAGUGAUAAAUGUGAUAUUUUAAAAGGAGAAAUAGGAUGAUAAAUAGAUUGCACAUAUUUUCACUGUGUUAUACGUAAUAUUAAUAACAGUUUUGAAUUCAUAACUGCUGUUUUUGAUAUUAAAGCAUCAAUAUUAAUGCUUCGAAAGUUUGAAAGACAGCAUGAACAUACAGAAGCAGGAAUAUAGUGUUAUGCUUCGAAAUCAAUCUUCUGAUGGUGAACUUGUUUUUACGAAUACAAUAGAGACCAUGUGUGUGUGUCCAUCGUGAUGAUUUUCCAUAUGAUUACAGAAUACGAAACGAAAGAAAUUGUUUAUAAUGAUUGAUGUGUAUUAUUCCUAGUUAAAUAAAAUAGUGUAACAGAACUGUUUCUGUCGUUUGAUCGUACGUGUUCGUGACAUUUACUGUGAUUUUAUUGAAGUAUUGCGAUGAGGAGCACAGUGGAGAUGAGAUUGAUUAUUGUCUUCAUGAUAUUAGUAGUGGUACCGUAUGUAAUUCCGACAGAUAACGUCGGGUGCAGAAACGUAGCGUGUCCCAUAUCAGAGCCAUGUCCUUCAGAUAGCUAUCCGAAAUUGACAACAAGGCACCAUCCCCUAGUUCACAAUCCCCAUCAUCUUCGAAGUGGCACUGGAGAAAUAGUGCGACGAGAACGUGCCAUCGCUUAUGGUGCAAGAAGGCGCGAGUCUAUAAAAAUCAUCCCUGGCGCUUAUGAUCAUCACAAUAAUAAACGCAGUAUUGUUGAUGAUGCGAUGUUGAUUCAACAUUGUUGUCCCCAUUACGAAUGUGCCUGCAAACCCGAUUACUGUGACCAGGAAUGUCCUCCAGAUAAAAUACCAGUCAAUAUAACCGAUCCCACCGAAAAUAAUGCACUGAAAUAUGGAGUCCCUGGUAAAUGCUGCAUUCCCUGUACGAACAGCUACUGUAUGCACCACACUUUUCGUAGGCACGGCGAAAAAUGGCGUGGUGAUGAUUGCACUACUUGUGAGUGCCAGUAUGGAGAAACAAAAUGUCAGCAAUCGUAUUGUAAUCCACCAGACUGUUUAAGCUAUAAACAAAUACCAGGUGAAUGCUGCCCCGUUUGUGAUAAUGAUGCUACAAACUUUUGUAACGAUGUUCAAAACUGUAACAUUCAUUGUAAAUAUGGCUACCAAAAACGGGGAAACUGCGAUUUAUGCGAAUGCAUUAGAACUAUACACAAUCGAACACUAACCGGAAAUGAAGCUUCUUCAUACCCUAUCAACAACGUGACUUUGAAAGACUACGAAAUUAGUGAAGACAAUACACAUGAUAAUGCACAUCGAAAUCCUAUCCAACAACAUACACAUGGUAGGGAUGACAACUAUGUUUAUAGCAUACAGUUCUGGGUUUUAAUUCUACUGAGCCUUGUGGCGGUAUUGACAGUAAUCUUGUUGACCAUCUGGUGUUGUCAUUUUCAUAGAAGCACCAAAUAUAGUACUGUGCAAAUUGCAUAAAGAUUUGGUAGCCAUACCAAUAAAUGCUCCGGAAUCAAUAAAUAAUUGAUUUUUAUCAAUCUGUACACCGAAAUCAUCUAUUCUAUUUGAAAUAUGUUAUGUUCCAUUAUAUUUGUUAUAUCUGCGAUUAAUGUGGUUCGAUAGAAUAUUUUAAAUUUUUAUAAAGUCUGAAUAGCAAGCGAAUUGAACAAAAGUCUUCCGCAAGUGAUGAUGAAAAUGUGGCUCUGUGCUGAAAUAUCUGUUCUGAAUAACCACAGUUAUGAAAGGCAUCCACAUAUACUAUCAAUAUAAAUUACGUUUUAAAGCAUUGUGAUAAAUUGUAUAUAAACGAUAUUUUUGUGAGGUAUCUUAGUUUCUAUAUCUAAUCAAAGAGACAUUCUACCAAAUUGUUGAGGUUGGUAUAGAUGCUAAUGUAGAUGUAGAUAUAGUUCUCCUAAAAAUAUAGGAUGAGAACAAAAAGUAUAUUUUGUUGAACUUUAGACUGUUUUAUAUGAAAUAGCAUAUUUAUUUACUGAACACUUUAUCAAUUAGUUAAAAUUAUUUUAUUUGUUUUUGUUUGUCAUAAAUUCGCCGCCGAUAGUAAUAAGAUAGUUCCUUGUAUUAUUUUUAUACGCACGAAUGCAAAUAUAAAACUAAGUAUUAUUUAUUGUAUGAUUCUGUUGUGUUUCUCUUGUUUACAAUAUGAACAAAAAUGUUGAACUGCUGAGAUUACUGUUGCCACAAUAAAUAAAAUUGAGAUGAAUUCUAUCACAUAAAUCUCUGACCCACAGGAAAAGGUUUAAAAAGAAGGACAAUUGGUUUACAAAAUAUUUUUGAUUGGUUAGAAUAAUUCUGAAAUGUAUAAAAUAUUCAACAAACACAUACAAAUUACUCCAUUUAUCAAUGCCGAAACAUCAUGUCUAUUGCCUUUUAACUCUAUCAUAAAUGUCUACCGCUAAUUCUGAGCAUUUUGUUUUAUUUGAAGAUAUUGAUGUAAAGAUAUCUCUCUCGCGCUUCGCAUGAAACUAGCAACGGCUAUAACGAAUUGAAAACCCCAAACAAUCUCUCAAAUAUGCUUCUAUUGAUGUCCUAUACAAAUCAAUCAGAGGGAUCAAAAUCAAUCGUAUAUAACAUUUAGAAACGUCACUCUUUUGAUGUAAUGAUAAUUAUUUCAUUUAUUCCCAGAUGGCUAAAAUAUGUAAACUUAUUGUUCAAAAAUGAUUUUUCUAUUUUAGAUGAAAGGAUUUUAUAUUUUCUUUGUGAAAACAACAUUGGAAUAUCCUAGAACAGAUAAAUCGAUAGUAUAAUGACAGUCCAGGUAUCACAGUUUCUCAAUUUCUGUUAAAGCAACAUGGCUAUAACUAUUGUUCUUCAACAAAGACAUUUCCUACAACAAUUAACUAAGAAGAUAUCAGUGUUAAGAUCCGUAGAGAACUCAACAUUAUGUAAAAUGAAGUAAUAUGUAAAUAAAACAAAAAUGAAACAA